AUGGCGCUGAAAGCAUUAGUCGGGCAAAAGAUUAUGAAUGAGGUGAUUCGCUACCGUCCCAAAGGGAAGGAUUCAACAAAAGUUGAAUGGAGAGUUCUAGUAGUGGACCAGCUUGCCAUGCGCAUGGUCUCAGCAUGCUGCAAAAUGCAUGACAUCUCUGCUGAGGGCAUUACUUUGGUAGAAGAUAUCCACAAGAAGCGAGAGCCCCUGUGUACGAUGGACGGCAUCUACCUCAUCACGCCGGCGCAGAAGUCCGUGGACGCUAUAAUCAACGACUUCGCGGUCGGCAAUCGUAUCAUGUACAGGGCUGCCCAUGUGUUCUUCACUGAAGUGUGUCCGGAGGAAUUGUUCAACGAGCUGUGCAAGUCCACAGCGGCGCGGAAAAUCAAAACUUUGAAGGAGAUCAACAUCGCCUUUUUGCCUUACGAAAGCCAGGUAUUCUCCCUGGACUCUCCGGAAACGUUCCAGUGCAUGUACAAUCCCGCUCUUCUAAACACACGCAAUGCGAACAUGGAGCGUAUUGCGGAACAGAUCGCGACGCUCUGUGCGACACUUGGAGAAUAUCCCUCUGUCAGAUAUCGCAGUGACUGGGAGCGCAAUGUCGAGCUGGCUCAACUUAUCCAGCAAAAAUUAGAUGCCUACAAGGCUGACGAACCCACAAUGGGCGAGGGUCCGGAGAAGGCGCGUUCGCAGCUGCUGGUGUUGGACCGCGGGUUCGAUUGCGUGUCGCCGCUGCUGCACGAGCUCACGCUGCAGGCCAUGGCCUACGAUCUGCUGCCCAUCGAGAAUGAUGUCUACAAGUACGAAGCUGGCCAAGGACAAAUGAAGGAAGUGUUGCUAGACGAAAACGAUGACCUGUGGGUAGAGCUGCGCCACCAGCACAUCGCCGUAGUCUCCACCUCCGUCACCAAGAACCUGAAGAAAUUCACCGACUCUAAGCGAAUGGGCACAGGAGACAAGCAGUCGAUGCGUGACUUAUCUCAAAUGAUAAAGAAGAUGCCGCAGUACCAGAAGGAACUGUCCAAGUACGCCACGCACCUGCGUCUUGCCGAGGACUGCAUGAAGGCCUACCAGGGAUAUGUGGACAAGCUCUGCAAAGUUGAACAGGAUUUGGCCAUGGGAACUGAUGCAGAGGGUGAGAAGAUCAAAGACCAUAUGAGGAGCAUUGUACCCGUUUUACUUGACCAGUCUGUGUCAAACUACAACAAGAUGCGCAUAAUUGCGCUGUACAUAAUGUCGAAGAACGGCAUCUCGGAGGAGAACUUGAACAAGUUGGUGACCCAUGCCCAACUUGACCCCGCCGACAAGCAGACGCUCUUGAACUUGGCUAAUCUUGGACUUAACGUUGUUGUUGAUGGCAACAGAAAGAAACAAUAUCAAGUUACGAGGAAGGAGCGUAUCACUGAGCAGACGUACCAGAUGUCGCGGUGGACACCCAUCGUCAAGGACAUCAUGGAAGACGCAAUUGAGGACAAGCUUGACCAGCGUCACUUCCCUUUCUUGGCUGGACGCGCCCAGACUUCCGGUUAUCAGGCGCCCACCAGCGUGCGCUAUGGCCACUGGCACAAGGACAAAGCCCAACAAACCGUCAAGAACGUGCCUCGCUUGAUUGUUUUCAUCGUCGGGGGAGUAAGUUUCUCCGAGAUUCGCUGCGCAUACGAAGUAACAGCCGCACUGAAGAACUGGGAAGUAAUCAUUGGGUCCUCCCACAUCCUUACUCCCGAAAACUUCUUCGCGGACCUUAACUCUCUUACUAACUAAUCAAGCACUUUAACACAGACGUGAAAUACCAUGUUCCGAUAACGUAAAUGCGAGUUUUUAAAAGUAAAUUUUGAUUUAAUUUGAAUAUAGGGGGAAACGUACAUUACAUUGUUUCGACUUUUUAAACUAUGGCAAGUAUGAUUUGUUCGUGGCGAAGUUUCGAAAUCCUAUUCCAAAGUUUUCCCCCAUUAAGCGCGCCACUAGUUUCAUAGUAAUUCUUUUAUAAGCUGCUGUUUAGGAACAUGACACCGUUAUUUUGAAGAGGUCGUAUAAAUAGGUACACGUUACUGACUAGCACUGUGAUGCCUCCAACUAAUUGUGAUAAUAAUCAUACUAAUGUAGUGUUUGUGCAGUCGCUUGCAGUUCACAGAUGAGAGCAAUUAGGUGUAAAGUGUACCAGUAAAUUGUAGUGUGUUUCUUGGACCCUAUUCAUUGGACUGUUCACAUUAUGUUUGAAUGUUUUAUUUGUAAAUAUUAUAAUUUUGUUAAAAGUAUUCAAAGUAUUUAUAUUGUUAACGUUUAUCUCAAGUUUUCAUUAAUAAAUUGCAUCUAACAAUUGAUUUUUAGUUUGUAAGAUUAUUAUUAUUUUUAAUUCUAUAAGUUUAUCUUGUGGACCACGCUGAAUGCUGAUAAAGGCACUGGUGGAAAAUGAGAACCAAACAAAAUGUUAUUUUCAGUACUGAAGGCGUCAGUGUUCGCAUAACCAACAAACAACUAUUAGAAUAAAAUUCUAGACAUAAUUAAUGCCUUCAUGUUAUAUGUCAUUAGCUUUAACGUAAGAUUUCUUUCUUCAUUAUUUAAUUAAUGCCAAAUGCUAGAUCUUACCAGAGUGUUAGUUAUUACAUUUUGAACUCUUGCAAUUGGCGUUACGCACGAAACGUUAGACGAUAAUUUGCAAUCUAUUGUAUUAAAAUCCUAUAUUUCCAGUAGGUUACAAUUUCGCUAGUGUUUUUACUCUUACCUAGUAUUCUUAGAACUAUUGCAGCUGUUCUGUCGUGUUGCGUAUGUGUAAAUCACACCGUUGUUGUUUCAACAUUCCAUUACCAAUUAAUCAUGGUACCAUCGAUAGUUGGUAAUAAAAAUAAAAUUAUUAAUUGUCAUCAUAGUGAGAUAUCGAUAAAGUGGAUUUCACAUUUUAUAAGCGUGGGAAUAUUCGAUCAUUGAACAAACUUUAGGUGGAUAAGUAAAAUUAAUUUGUUAUAGCUUAAAUAAAUGCUUCAAUAGUUUUGUCGGUAUGAUGACAUUUUACCGAUUGAAUGGAAACACCAUGUAUUUAUUGUUCUAUUUAAAAAUAAUAUUACUCUGCCGUUUACAAAUAUUAUUAAUAUCUGAAAACAUUUUGGAAAUUCUUGUGUACCUUUGAGGUAAUUGUUGUUAGAAUAUUCGAAUACAAAAGUACGUUUUUGUAUAGCUAACCAUAUUGUGCAAUUAUGUAGGAAAUAUGCAUAUUAUAA